AUGGCUUCGAUGGCGAAGCUCGCGUCAGCGUCGGGCCGCAUUACUCUCCUCGCCAGUUUCAUCGCCGCCUCUGCGCUGAUCCCUUCUGGGUGUUGGGCUCAGAGCACCAUGAGCACGACUUUCCACAGCAACUUCCUCGAAGGCGACAUCCGUGUCGUCGUGGGACCCAACCGUAACCAGAUCCGCGUGCAGGCCUAUAUGCCGGACUGGGCUAAGGCGGUCACCCCCAAGGAGGAGUACAUUGUGGAAACUUACCCUUUCCCGUCCAACUUCUCCUCUCUCACGGACGUGAAGCACGCCAUUUUGACCUUCGCCCCCUCCAACUGCUACCCUAUCUACAACGGCACCAAAGUGACAGAGGAGCAGGCUAUUCCCGCUUACCUCGCGUCAGGCCCCGACUUCUGCCUCUCCUGCUACGUCUACCUCACCUUCUCCCUCCUCGAUGUCGACACGGCCAGCCAGAUCGGCAGUGAAUGCACUGAGACGAACAAUGGAAAACUUCGCGGGUACAUCUGCUCCACGGACGAGGGGGAUGACGUCACGGUGGCGCAGGCGUUUGGGAGUCCGCCGGUGGUGAAUGGCGGCGGGACGUCGGUGGGGUUUCUCUACACGGAGAUGUUUGUGCGCCAGCCCGCUGGCUCCACCAUGCGCCUCCCCUCCAUCCGCGUCGACCCCCUGGCCAUGAAGGGCAUUGGGUACAUCAUGGUGCCAUCCAAGGGACCCACUCCUCUCCCUGGAACCUUUGAUGCCAUGCCUUUCAUCGCAGGCAACGACAGCAAGUCUGUCGGCGUCGGUCUAGUGUUCCCAAUCACCCUGAUGACUCAGGCGUCGCUCGCAACUACCCCGUUCAGCAGCAACACAGUGCAGACGGUUACACCCACCGCCUUCCCUGCGCUCUCCAUGAGUGCUCCUGCUAACCAGUCCCUCACUGUCAAUGCCAGCAUCAUCCCCCCUCCUGCCGCUGGUGCUGCUGCUGGUGCUGCUCCCUCCUCGUACAACAUCUCUCUCUCCAUCAGCAAGGACGCACUCCCGGUACGUGGCUCUUGUGGGGACUAA